AUGGCACCCCCUCCUUGUUUUCUUCCCAGCAGCAUCUGCUCAGGCUCUUCCAAUGUAACUCCUGCUAGCGUGGUGCUGCUCUCGACCUCCUUCUCCACCCUUCCUCCUCCUCCUCUUCUUUCUCCUCUUCCUCCCUUCACAGAGCUGAUGCCCAGGCAAUGUGGCUACAGUAAAGCUUCUCAAGAGGGAGAUGAGGAACUUUACUUCCAGUUUAAGAUCCCCACUCGGAGGACCUACAUUGACCCUGAGACUUGCGAAGACCUGCUUCAGGCUGUACAUGCCUUUGCCAAAGAGCUGGACAACUCGAGCAUCAAGAUCGAGAGAAUUGUGCACACAGGUGACUUUGGGGAGGUGUGUCGUGGCUGCCUGAAGCUGCCCAGUAAGAGGGAGCUACCUGUGGCCAUAAAGACGUUAAGGGCCGGUUGCUCUGACAAGCAGCGCCGAUCCUUUCUUAGCGAGGCUGGCAUUCUUGGGCAAUUUGACCAUGCUAACAUAAUCCGGCUGGAGGGCGUCAUCACCACUGGAAACACCAUGAUGAUCAUAGUGGAGUGCAUGUCUAACGGAUCCUUGGAUUCAUUCCUUAGGAAACAUGAAGGCCAGUUGAGUAUAAUGCAGUUGAUGGAUAUGCUGGCUGGAGUGGCGUCGGGGAUGAAGUACCUCACCGAAAUGGGCUUUGUCCACAAACGGCUCGCCGCACACAAGGUGCUGGUUAACUCCAACCUUGGCUGCAAGGUAUCUGGCUUCAGACCGCUUCAGGAGGAUAAAAUAGAGGCCAUCUACACCACACUGCAUGGGGGGAAAAGUGUGGUGCUGUGGAGCGCUCCAGAGGCCAUCCAGUACCAUCGCUUCUCCUCUGCCUCAGAUGUCUGGAGCUUUGGCAUCGUCAUGUGGGAGGUCAUGUCCUAUGGCGAGAGACCCUACUGGGAUAUGGGCAACCAGGAUGUGAUAAAGGCCAUCGAGGACGGUUUCAGGCUGCCGGCUCCGGUUAACUGCCCUCCACAUCUCCAUCAGCUCAUGUUGGAUUGUUGGCAGAAAGAGAGGACAGAGAGGCCCAGCUUCAGCCAGAUCCACUCGGCCCUCAGCAAGAGCAUUCGCUCACCUGAUGGCAUCGGUUCCUCCACACUGGCACGAAGAACCCUGAGUUCAUCCAUUACACUAGCAGACAGGCCUCUCCCCACCUUCCCAUCCUUUAACUCUGUUGGAGAGUGGCUGGAUGCAGUAGACAUGGGCCGAUACAAAGACAACUUCACCGCCGCGGGAUACUGCUACUUGGAGUCUGUGGCACGAAUGACUGUACAAGAUGUACUGAGCCUUGGCAUCACUUCCCUGGAGCACCAGAAGCUGAUACUGGCUGCCAUCCAGACUCUGAGAGCCCAGGUCAUCCAAAUGCACGGGCGUGGUGUGCAGGUCUAAACAGUCGACCCAGCUAGUCUCACUGCUGCUGCAAAUCCUUAAAUGUGUGCAGACGGAUGAUGGCGUGGAGAAGAGGAGAAGAGAGAGAGAGAGAGAGCUCUUCCAUACAUAAAGAUAGAUGAGCAGAUCUUUCAGCUAGCUGCACUCCUCUAUUUACUCCUCCUUCCCACACUUCCUCAUGCCUUCCUGUAUUCCAUCCUUUCUCUUUUCAAUGAGUCUCCCUUGGAGACAGUUGUCAGUUGUGACAGUAUUUAUGUCAUAACUGGGGGACGGCAGAGGAGUGAUGUCAUGCAACUUUUUAUGACCUCUAUCUGCACUUUGACCUUCAACACCUGCGUCGGCUCCAUCCUACUGGUUCUAGAUCAGUCCAUAAAGACAAAUUAAAUGUCUCUGUCUGAAGCUGAACUCUGAAUUGUGGGAGAGACGCGCACAACGAUUUUGAACUAGAACUUUGAAGACACGUGAACAUUUGGGGUGAAAUUUCCCUUUAGAACAUUAAUUCAGUAAAAACAAGAUAUAUUCUCAAUGACGGGAACUAUUUUACUGGCCUUGGGACAAACAACGCCUCAGAACUAGCACAUCUGAUUUCACAUCAAACAGGAACUGAUUUAAUAUGAAGGUACAGAAUCACAUCAUGGACCGUCAAAGCUGAUCUCAUAUCAGGCGGUAAGGAAACAAAAAUGGAUGGAAUGUAACUUACGGUUUCGAAGCAGCAGGUUAGGAAGACCGUGCUGUCCACGUUAGUGGAGUUAGAGGUUAGAUGAAGCCUCAAAAUGGCGAGGCUUCCCUGUAGUGCUAUAUACGUUAUAUAAAGUUUGCUCAUGGCAUGAACGGAGCUAAAGUAAAGUAUUUGUGUUGAUAUGCCGCUCUUUCAGCAGGGGUAUCAGCAUUCAUUUAUCCUGUUUGGGACUACUGAUGGCGAAACAAAUGCUGCAGGAUGAAAUUGUAAAGCAAAGGUUUGAAAAUGUGUUUUUUGAGUGUUCAUGAAUUUGUUGUACGUCACUGUCUGUUUCGCUUCUCCUAACUAUAUUUUCUUUAUUCCCUAUAUCUUUCUCUUCUUCUCCAUGCUUCCUGUGUGCAUUUAAAGCUUGAAUUGUUACCUUUAGUUUACUGGAUUUCAUCUGGAUAACACAAUCCUCCUUUCCAAAGGCUCUCACUGCAAUGUUUCUUACUCUGUAUAGGACUCGGGCCGUCUCUGGAAGGUGGUCCGAUUUUAGAUAUUUAUCCAUAUUUAUUUAUGUUUACAGACUGCAACACGAACCUCUCCAGAGAGGAUGUUAGGAUGGUUUAUUUAAACUUAAGUAUUUAAAAAAAAAAUGAUUAAGCAAAGCAGCCGUCUUGUUUCGUUUAUGUUGACUUAUUAUGACUGUGCGUUUGUACCUGAACAAAUUAUUUUGUACAAAAGGAAGUGAGAGGAAUGCUGGAGGAUUUUUACUGUCGCACACAGUAUCUGUGUAUUUCUAUACGCUGGAUUUGCUACAGUUGAUUUUACAUUCAGUACCAUUAGAUUUGCUGUAAACAUUACAGUGUGUGUGUGUGUGUGUGUGUGUGUGUGUGUGUGUGUGUGUGUGUGUGUGUGUGUGUGUGUUGCAGUAUGGAUACAGUAUUACAGGACAUCAAAGAUGUUUUUUUUCCUUUGGUUGCUAUUGGAUUGUCAUGUUUAGUUUUAUGUUGCUGUUAAUCUCAUGCUCUAUCAUGAUACGUGGUUGCACUUUUUUCCAUUUAACUCCCAGAAUUCUCUCUGUACAGUAACCCAGCCUUUGCAUUUUCUACCCAAUUCCAAUGUAGGAGAUUCGGUGGAGGAGGAAAUUUAUUUGGGGCAUUACAGAUUCACAAUAGAAGGUGGAAAAAUGUGACUGGAAUAAAGUAAACGAUUUCUAUUUGGUAAAAAUUUCCCUCCUUGUACGCUCCUUUUGUCAAAUGAAACGUCCUUAGAGAAACACAUUAAACAUAUCCAAAAAUACGCACAUGGCCCCUUUUACGCAGACACACAAGACUACAAAGACAGACACAAGCACCAACACAGAACCUAAACCUUGUCACCACAAUGAAUGAAACCGGAGAUGUUUCCCUCUCUACCCCCCCCAAUCUGUUGCUGUGACCAUUAUAUGUUUAAUACUGUAAAUAUGUAUUUGAAAAUGCUAAAUCUAUUUUUAUAAUUUGUUUGAAGAACAAUGUGUUGAAUAUAAUAUCUGCUCACUGUGUAAGGGUUUUAUUUGUUUGACUUUAGGGCAAUAGCCAAGAAACUCUGGUGUUUGGAAUUUACAACUGGAAAAAAAAAAGUUUCUUUUUUUUGUUAGUUUUUAAUGAUUUUUACCCGUUAGGAGAAAAUCUG